AUGUGUUGUGUGUUAAAUUAUUUUGUCUAAAGUCUAAACGGAUGCCGGUUGCGAACGGAUCAUUUACAAAGAGGGGACAAAGUCCAAUAAUUUGACACUUGAUAAACUACUAUUCUGGACUUUGGAACCAAACAUAACGUUACAUACUCAACUAUUCAAGAAUGUUUCCGCUAAGGCAGUUAGUUAGCAAUGCCACCAGAAGGGUUGUGCCUAGUUUUAGGGCUAUGUCUAGCUCAGGCCCUCUGGUGGACACAGCUGUUGACAAUGAAGGAAUAGCAACUGUGACGAUGCAGAGGCUGCCGGUAAACAGCCUCAAUCUGGACCUUCUAGAAGCCAUGGACAAGGCACUUGAUGAAGUUACCAACAACAAAUGCAAGGGAAUGAUUUUGACAUCUGCAUCACCUACUGUGUUCUCUGCUGGGCUAGAUAUAAUGGAGAUGUAUAAACCAGAUAUGAAGAGGGUUGAAACUUUCUGGAAUACAUUACAAGAAGUAUGGACCAAGCUAUUUGGAUCCAGUUUCAUCACAGCUGCUGCCAUCAAUGGUCACGCUCCAGCAGGUGGCUGUCUCUUGGCAAUGUCCUGUGAAUACCGUGUGAUGAUGAGUGGGAAAUACAGCAUAGGUCUGAACGAGACGGCGCUUGGUAUCGUGGCUCCCAACUGGUUCAUGCACACUAUGGUCAACACUAUACCACAGAGGCAAGCGGAGCUGGCCCUUACUACUGCUAAGAUGUUCUCUGUCGACGAGGCUUUGAAGGUUGGUCUAAUCGACGAAACUGCAUCAGACAAAGCAGAUGCGGUCGCCAAAUGCAAGCAAUUUAUCAAGAAGUUCGACAAAAUCCCACCGUUAGCUCGUUUCCUAACCAAACAGAAGAUUAGGGAAGCUCCAUUAAAAUGGAUGAUGGAAAAUCGUACCCAAGAUACUCAAGAGUUCUUAAUGUUUGUGGGCCAUCCUAAAGUGCAGAAAUCUUUAGAAAUGUACAUACAGGCUUUGAAACAGAAGGGUGGCAAAUGAAUGUAGUACUAUUAAAAGUAGAGGCGAAUUAAACCUAUAGAGCGUCCUAGGCAAGCACCUCAUUAGGCGCCCUUAAUAUAUUUGGCGCGGCGUCGCGGGUCCUAUAACCUGGCGCUCUAGGCACUUGUCUAGUUUGCCUUAGGGAUAAUACGGCUCUGAUUGAAAGUAUUUUUUAAUUAUGUUUUUUUUCCAAAUUAUACAACUAUACCUAAUCAUGUAUGCCCUAUAUUGUAAGAAUGAAUGGCUAAGCUAAGCAAUAGUUGUUAUACUCGUUUAUUUUUUAUUGUGAACAACUUGAAUUGAAUAAAUGAAAUUAUUUACUGAA